AUGAUAUUCGAACCACUAAUUCGACACCCAAUCCCGUUGACCGACCUCCUCUCCUACAUCUUCUCCGACCCCAAUUAUAAUCAUGACCAGCCGAUGUACGUGGACGUGCACGAUACGUCGCGCUCAAUCUCGUAUAACCAGGCUCAUGUUAUCAUCCGUCAAUUGAUCGCGGGCCUGCGCGCAUGGGGUGUCAAGAAGGGUGAUUGCGUUGCAAUCAAUUCGUUCAAUGAUAUUUACUAUUGCAUGUUUGUCCUGGCCAUCAUCGGCGCAGGGGGUAUCUUCACCGGCACGAACCCCUCUUACACGCCUCUCGAGUUAUCGCAUCAUUUCAAAACGGCAGAGGUGCGAUUUGUGAUCUCGGAGCCGGAGCUUGUCGGCGCCGUUCAAACCGCCAUCAAAGGGUCGCGGAUUCCCGACCAGAACGUACGCGUGUUCAAUCCCCGCGAUCAGCCCAUCCCGGAGGGGUUCCGGUCAUGGACGGAAUUCUUCGAGGCCGGUGAGGCGGACUGGGUAUCAUUUGACGAUGAAAAGGUCUGCACCGAGACGACAGCCGCCCGAUUGUUCAGUAGUGGGACGACCGGCCUACCGAAGGCCGUGACUAUCACGCAUCGGAAUCUGAUCGCGCAACACGAGGCUGUAUUUGUAGUGAAUCAGAAACCGCAUCAGAUCUCCCGCGUCGUCGCAGUUCCUAUCUUCCACGCCGCAGCCGUGCCCUCGGUUCACUUCAGCACUCUCAAGGCCGGCCAACCGACAUAUAUCAUGCGUCGGUUCGAACUAGGAGAAUUCCUUCGCGCAGUCGAGAAGCACAAAAUCACCGAUCUGGCCAUCGUGCCGCCUAUUGCCCUCUCAAUCAUCAUGAACCCCAUGUCCCGCGAGCGUCCGUAUCUCAAAUCGCUGAAAUCAGCCGCCUGUGGUGCCGCGCCGCUGGAUAAGGUGGCUCAGGCCAAGUUCCAGGCCCUGAUGUCGGAGGGCGCGCCGUUCACGCAGGUUUGGGGCAUGACCGAGACUUGCUGUGUGGCGACGGUGUUCAAGUAUCCGGAGAACGACGACGGGGGUAGUGUCGGACGAUUGGUGGCGAAUCUAGAAGCGAAGCUGGUGAACGACAAAAACGAAAAUAUCUCCGCAUUUAACGUCCGGGGCGAACUUUGUGUCCGCGGCCCAACAGUCACACCGGGCUAUUUCAACAACGACGCCGCAAACGCCGAAUCCUUCGACUCCGACGGGUGGUUCCACACGGGCGAUAUCGCGUAUUGUGACCAGCGCACGCUCAAGUGGUACAUCGUCGACCGCAAAAAAGAGCUGAUCAAAGUGCGCGGGUUCCAGGUUGCGCCGCCCGAGCUAGAAGCCGUGCUGUUGACCCAUCCGCUCAUCGUCGACGCGGCCGUGAUCGGGCUGCGGGGGGUGGCGCCGGACACGGAGCUGCCGAGGGCAUAUGUAGUGAAGCGACCGGGGGCUGAGGGCGAGAAGUUGACAAAGGUGCAGGUGAGGGAUUAUUUGGAGGAGAGAUUGGCGAGGUAUAAAGCGUUGACUGGCGGGGUGAAAUUUGUUGAUGCAAUUCCGAAGAAUGCGAGCGGGAAGAUUUUGAAAAAGGUCUUGCGGGAAGACAGUCAAAAGGAGAUUGAUCGGGGAGUGAAGCUGUAG